AUGUCGCUCUGUCCGCGCGCUGCCGCUCAGGCACUCCACUCGCCGCCAGAGCUUGAGCAGCACGAGUACAAGCAGCACGCAGCCUACUUUGAUCCACAAGACCAUCCGCACUACACCCUCCAUCCAUCCUCACGCUUCGGCGCCGACAACGAGCCGCUUCUCGAGUCGAGUGCGCCCUCAGACGACAUUCACAAUGCAGGCAUUCGUUCGUCUCAACCGCUCCAUUCGCUCUUGGCGCGCCGUCUCGCUCGUUUCGUCAGCUCAGCCGUCGCAGCUUCAUCAUCAUCAUCAUCAUCAGUAUCCACCGGCUCAACAGCACCCUCGCGCCCCUCGCGCAAGCGUUGGCUUCCCGCCCUCCUCCUCUUCAACUUCGCCGUCACCGUAGCUGCAUUCAUCGCCGCCUGCGUCCACUACAACACCUUCACCACCCUCUUCCUCUAUCUCGCCCUCCUCAUCGUCGCCUUCCCCAUCCUAUCGAUCACCUUCCUCCUCCUCAACUCCAACUCGGCCAGCUACAAGCUUCGCCUCCCUCAAUUCUCCCCCUUCUCCUCACCCGACUUUGAGCAGGCUUCCUUCCGCUUCACGCCAACCUCGUCAGCACCUACCGCUGCAACACCCCCGCGCAGAUCAUGCCGCUCCUUCCGCCUCGAUCGGCUGGCACGCUACGUCCAGUACGUCCUCGCAAGCCUCUGGUUCCUCGCACUCGUAGAGUGGCUCUUCUUCCAGCCCUUCUUCGACACAACCAGCCCCUCGGCCUCGGAUGACUUGGCCAUCUUCCUCAAAUCCUCCCCAGCCGCUCGCAUCGCAUCGCCUCCACAACCGCUCAAGGUCUUUAUCGCAUCCAACCUGUACAACAGCCAAGACAUCCUUCCCACCUACUCUGCAUCCCUCAAGGGCCUCAUCCACCAAAUCGGCGCGCACAACGUCUACGUCUCCAUCUACGAGUCCCACUCCACCGAUCAGACCAAGCCCAUGCUCGCCCAGCUCGACGCCGACCUCGCACACCUCCACGUCGACCGCCAAAUCGUGCGCGACGACGGAGCAGCACGCAUGAACAAGUCGUCGCCCGUCCAGGAUCGCAUCGAUUUCCUCGCCAACGUGCGCAACCUCGCCAUGCAACCGCUCGUCGAAUCCGCCCACGCGCACAACUUCACCCACGUCCUCUGGAUCAACGACAUCGUCUUCACCCCGCACGACGCGCUGCGCCUUCUCAACACCAACAACGCCCACUACGACCAGGCGUGCGCCAUGGAUUUCAUCGGCAACGGCUUCUACGACACCUGGGUCACCCGCGAUGCACAAGGACAAACGCUCAAGCGUCAGUGGCCCUACUUUAAGCAGCCGCACGACAUCGACGCAAUGCGCCAGGGCACGCCCUUUGUAGUCAACUCGUGCUGGAACGGCAUGUCCGCCUUUGAUGCAAAGUGGUUUGUUCCGCCCGAAUCGCAAUCUGCGCAUCCGGCACAACCGCCCAUCCAGUUCCGAUCCUCUUCGACGUGCCUCUCGUCCGAAUGCCAACUCGUCUCGUACGACAUGCAUCGCGCCAUGCAUCCCAAGCGUCCCAUCAUUCUCAUUAACCCCGCCGUCAAGGUGGCCUACACCCAUCGCCACUAUCGGCUGUACAACAAUAUCCUGUCGUGGCCGCUCGUCCGACCAUGGCGCAUCGUGUGGCGCGACUGGUUUGCCCACCGCCUCUUUGGCUGGCUCACCGAGUCGCGCAGAUGGGCCAACGAGUGCGAGCUCAAACAGCCUUGGUGGAGCACCGAACCUGCCAGCUAG